AUGGCAGGUCCAGUCACCCUCAGCGAUCUGCUGGGAUACGCUUCAAUUGCGUGUUGGUUGGGCGCUCAGUUUCCGCAGGUCCUAGAAAACUAUCGUCGGAAGAGCUGCGAGGGUCUGGCCUUGCCGUUUCUUGCAAACUGGCUACUCGGGGAUAUCUCAAACUUGGUAGGAUGUAUAUUGACGAACCAGCUGCCGUUCCAGACGUAUCUUGCAACAUAUUUUGUCGCAGUGGACUGUACGCUCGUCGCUCAGUACUUUUAUUACUACAAGCCACCCAAGCUGCCGCCUCUUUAUGGACAUCCUCGGUUGGCCUCAACCCCCGGGACAGCUCGUCACCUCUCCGUUGAGCGAGGUGCUUCACGAUACCGGACACUAUCUACCGUCGCCGCCAACGUCGCAGCAGCAGCUGCUCUCGCUGCUCAGCAACAAGAAGCCCAACCUGGGUCCGCCAGAACGCUCCGGCCACUGCGGUACGGAGCAGACGACCUUCAUCCGGGGCUGUAUUCCGCCUCCAACUUGGACGACGAUGAUGUCGAUGACGCCGCUAUUUCGGCCCUCGCAGAUAGCUUUCAUUCAGAAGGAGGGAGGAAAUUGGGACGGAAACGGUUGGCAUACAGUAUCGAGCGACACGGGCGGGACGCCAGCUAUCCACCUCUGCCACCGCAAACACCCUCCACGAUCCAUAUCGUCCCUUCGGACCUAGUGUUACCCAGUCAGCCAUUGAGGCGCGAUACCGAUAACGAUGACGUAGAAGUGCCCAACAGCGGCCACCGAAGCUCCCGAGCUAACCGUCGUGGUGCUAGCAUGGUCUUUCUUGGGGCUUGGGCACUCUUUGGAAUCGGGACUCUAGUGGGAAGCAAUCGAGGAGUAGCUUCCUCCUCGUCAACAAGCGUCGGUAGACUUUUGCUGCCAGACUUGUCCACUCCUUCAUACCCUGUGGCUGCUGUUCCGCCAUCGUCCGACGCCCAAUUCGUCAGCGUUGAGGAUAUCAUCUCACGAGCAGAAGGCGAGCUCGACUUCGAAUUUGACCCUGAUGAUGAAGAGGUUCCGCAGGAGCCACCUCCAUCUGAGCCGUCGGCUGAUCGUGUUCUUGGACGUAUCUUCGCCUGGCUCUGCACCACUCUUUAUCUCACAUCCCGACUACCGCAAAUAUGGAAGAACUAUGUCCGGAAAUCUGUCGAGGGACUUUCCAUGUAUCUAUUUGUCUUCGCCUUUCUCGGCAAUGUGUUCUACGUUGCAUCUAUUCUCCUGUCACCCAAGACCUCCCUUCCACCACCUGCAUCGACAGAAUUUCUUCGGGAGAGCAUCCCUUACCUGCUAGGCAGCGGAGGCACUUUGAUGUUCGAUAUCACCAUCGUCACCCAGUCCUUCAUCUAUCGUCCCCGACCUAAGAGACACCUAGCACACAGUCGAUUAUCAAUAUCAGAAGAAGAAGCUGGCCUCCUUUCAGCAGACGCCCUUCACCCGCCAAUAAGUGCGGGAGAGAGUAUUAUGUCCAGUGUCGAUGCGACCUCCACCAAGAAAUCGAAUGCGGCGUUGAAGUCGCAGACGCCUUACCAGCUGCGAGCAUUGAUACUGGACUAUCUGAGCCACCACUGCUAUACACGCACUGCGAAAGCGUUCAUCAAGGACAGCACCGUCACUGAACUUGACGCAGAUGGAGACGAAGUCGAAGGCAAUGCGAAUUCUAGAUCUGUCACAACACUAUCGGAAUCGAGGUUGAAGCAGGUCGAGCAGCGUAGAGAAAUCAGGGAGCUCAUCCUCGAUGGAAAAGUCGACGAAGCGAUUGAGCGUCUGAACCAACACUUUCCAUCUGUCCUUGCGGAUUCACGUCUCCAUGCGAACGAUACCCCUCGCUCUGAGCGAUACGUAUCUGCCACCUCUGUCGAUCCCUCCCAUCUGUUAUUGAACCUUCGGAUCCUGGCCUUCACUGAAUUCUGCAGAACACGGCCUCUCAAACGACCGACGAAGGGAUCUGCUGUAAAUGCAACACAGAGCCCUGACGACGACAAUCCUACACAGCCCUCGACACCCUCGGACCUGGCAGAUGAAGGCGCGGAAAUGAGCAUCGAAAAGCAGAGUACCCUAAUCUCCAAAGCCAGAAAGCUCUACGCACUCGUCGAGACACUUGUUACGCAAAGCGAACGCGAUAUCUACUUUAAGGAGUUGAGGAACGUGACUGGACUCAUGGCGUAUACUGUCCCAGAAAAGUCGGAGGUUGCAAAAUAUCUGAGCUUUGAACGGAGGGAGGCCGUUGCCGAGCAGAUUAACCGUGCCAUCCUGCAUCGGUGUGGACUUCCAUUUAUCUCGGAGAUUGAGCUUGCAGCUAGGUAUACGACUGCUCUGUGGAGUGCGGCCAAGCAGCAUGGGGCGAAGCCUCGGGCUGGUGUGAUGCUUCCUCCGGUUGCACCAGCCGCAGGCACUGGGUCCAAAGGGGAGAAGGGUGAAGUAGCGGUCGAGGAGGUGCCUGAUUUCAAUCUGAAGCUAUUCUUGGAAUCCAGAUAA